AGUGGAUCAUCGACAGAGCCGGUCUGUGUGUCUUUCAUUCAUCACCAUCAACCGAGGCACCGUUUCCCAUCCUGUCUCCUCCGACCAGCGACACCGAGGACAUCACCGUCGGCCAUCAUCCGCGGCGGGGCUGCGUGGGAAAAAUGACAUGGAUCCUGCUAUCGCACAACAGAGUGGUAUACUUAUGUGUUUGCGUCAGCAUGGAGCCUACUGGCAUGAAGCAGUGGAGCCAAGGAUCUACCCAGGAGACAUGAAUGAUUUUGGUGUCCAUGUUCUCAUCACUUGACCAACAGGAUAAUCUACUGAAGACAUGGCAUUCAUCGAUGUUUGGUUCCACUUUCAUCAUUACUGUGGAACCAUCUUGACAACCCAAGAUUGAUGAAUACAGAAGUUAGGUGUGAGGGCUACAUGAGGUAUCUGAUCUUCUCAUGGCAUCAUAGUUGCAGAGUACUGUAUUGUGAAGUACUGUCCGGAACAGAGCCUGCUGCAACUACUUGAAGACAUCACAAGCAAUGCUAUUAGCUCAGUUGUUUCAAGAUGAAGAUUGAUACCAGCCUGACAAUGCCCCAGCUUCCUGAGGCCCUCUCCCAGGCAGGCCUUCAGUUCACUGUGGCCACUGAGGAGGAUUUUGAUGAGAUCAUGGCUAUGAGCCAGGAUAUCUAUGGAGGCCUUGACUACCUGCCCACUAGGUACACCAGCUGGCUGCAGGAGACCAACCGUAUAGUCAUAUUGGCCCGCAAACAGGGAAAAGUGAUUGCUCUGGAGUCGGUAUGUGUGAUUGACAAUGGGGAAACUAUGCUGGUGGAAGGUCUUCGUGUUGCCCCUCAGGAAAGGGGCAAGGGUGUGGCAGGAGUUCUGUUGCGCUUUUGCUCUGAGCUGGUCAAAUCCAAGUAUCCAGAGGUCAAAGUAACCCGUUUGACCCGUGAUGAUCAGCUCGGACCCAAGGAUUUCCAGAAGUAUCGCAUCAUAACCAAGCAGGGUAUUUUGCUGGUACGCUUUAGAGCCGAAGACCUCAAACUUCGACUGUCUGAGCUUGGUCUGGGUGAAGAAAUCCAAUCCUCUUUGUCCACCUCUUCCCCCAACCAUCCACCAGUGCGUCUUGACCAUACAGCUAUCCAUCAGCUGUAUUUAACCACUGACCUGAUGCAGGGAGUCCUUCCCAAUGCCACCAUCAUUCAAGACUGGCAGCCCUUCAAGCCUUUGCCCAGCAACAUGGCUAUCCUACUGAAGAAAGACAUUGACUGGAUGGUAGAUGAUCUGACCAACCCUACUGUAGCCAGCCUCUGCACCUUCCCUUUCAGGGUGCCCAUUGGAGAUGAUUGGUAUUACCUGAACAUUGAUGUGUUUGGGAAGGACCUGGAACUGGCUCGACAGCAGUUCUUAUGCCACCUGCAACGCCACACCGCCACCCUGAAGGGCCAUGUGAUGUGCCAGAUGUUUCUGGAUCCACCACUCUGGAAGCCCAUGGCCGAAUUCUGCCAUAACACCUUGAGCGUGGAACUAGUAAAGGAGUACACUGAGCAGUGUGUGGUGGAGUCAGAUGUCAUUUAGUUAAAAAAGGUGGAUGGAAAGGAGUAGAAGAUGACGGAGCUAGAAAGGAAUGAAGAUAAGGGUCUAGACAACAAUGAAUGGACACAACACAAUUAAACAUUGUAUUGAGGAGAUAGGAACCAAGGCAAACAAAAUGUAGUUUCAACAAAGCAAAACAAUGCAGUGCAGUCAGUUAAACUUAACAAUACUCUAACAAAUACAAGAUGUGGACAUAAAAUGAUGAACACAUCACAUAAUCAACUGUAGUGCUGUGAUAAAAAGUGUAUUUACAAAAAUGAGAUGUUGACACAAUUUUACUAUUAUUUUUGAAUAGGCCUAUCAUUUGUAAGGCCAUAGUUUUCAGGUGUGAUAAUAUUCAUAGCUUAAUAUAAAUAAUUAGUGCCCCCAAUAAACACAAAGAUGGAAACCUUCUAGUAGAGGCCAUCAUGGAUCAAAACCUUUAGACCAGAGCUGUAACAGACCUGUGAAAAACAUAACCAAAACCAAAGUUCAUAAAUUAGAUUUCUAAACAGAAACCCAAUCUGAAAGGGUUCCAAAGGCAGUUAGCAAUGUCAGGAUGGUUUUGCAAUUGUUCAACUUUGCAAAUUUGUGAGUCAGACAGCACAUAAGUUGAAUGGUGCAAAACCAUAACGAGUGCAUCCAGAGUCUUGCAGUUCCAUUCAGACAAAUUUAUUUUGGUCCAAAACAUCAUGGUUAUAAAUGCUGAUGGGACUGGGCCCCAAUGCAGUCCAAUAACACUAACAACAACACUAUAAACAGUAUCCUCAAAAGCGAUCAUGAUGCAAUGAUUGGAAGUGCUCUUGAUUAAUUGUCAUACCACCCUUUCAUGUCAUACCACUAUAUGUGGUAUGACAUGGAAGGGUGUAGUGAAGGUGAUGAACAUGGGGAAAACUUUCGCACACUGGCAGUGAUGUGACCUAAAACCAAAACACAGUCAACAUGCAAAUGCUAUUCUUUGAAUAAAAUUUUAAGUACGCUUAGGGCAUCUCAAACCUUUCAUCUCUGUUCUUUCUGUAAAUAAUCUUUUAAAUAUGUACACAAGCUGAGUUGGGUUACUAAAUCUGCACAACUCUGAAGGCACUUUAUUAAAACUACACACAGGUUGUGUCUUUGUAAGAAUGAAAAGGAAUAGUUCAGGAUCAAAUAGGGCUAAUUUACAGACCCCUUCACUUGUACUGAUGCAUGCAUCUGCUAACUAGUAUUACCUUAGGAAUAUCAACAACAAAUCCCGGCAGAAACAACAAACAAACCUGUUAAUGAAAUGAACAUGCUCAAUCACAAAAUGGCUGAUGAUUUAUCCUUCAUUAUGGUCAGACUUUUGUCUUCUUUAGUUUCAAAGUUUUGACUGUAUAUAUACGCUACUAAUUUAAUAUUUUCACUGAAAUGCUGCAUGAAAUUUUAACAGAAAUUAUUAACUUAUGAAGCUGUAAGUGAAAUCUAGGUUUACUUUCAUAGAUUGCUGGUAUAAUGACAAACAAAAUACUAAUGCCUGAAAAAGUUUAACAAACUAUCAUGCAGUUUACUGCUGACUUGAGUUAACGUAGUGAGAAGGAAGAGGCUGGAAAUAAUGUUGUUAGAAUUAACAGAAAUAUACUGUUAUAUGUUUUAAACAUCACUAAUACUAGCUGACAAAAACAUUUUAGUUUUUUUAGUGUUCCAUGAGAAUAUAAAACACCAGUUUUCAGACAAGGUUCAGUUAUAUUAGGGCAGUCUGUAGUUUGUACGAUAGUUUUCUAGAGACAAACAGAAUAUUGUGCAUUAUACCAUGGGCAAGGAUUUUACUCAUUUCUGCAUGACUGGAACUUUCCAUUAAAAUCAGGACACCUAGUUCUUCUCAGCAGUUAUGUGUUGGUUCUCCUUGUCAUAGACUCUCCAAGUAUGUGGAACUGUAAUGGAAGAAUGAACAGCAUUUUUCCAAAACAUAUUCUCUUUUUUGGGGAGGGAAGGAUUUGUCUGUGUGAUUCACUUGUCUGUAUGAAAGUGGGACAAUAGCAACAAUAAUUUACACUAUGUUGCCAUUUAACUCAGCUGCAAAAGUGUUAACUCUGCUGAUCCCCUAACUUUUCAAAGUGCCAUCAGUAGUUUAUAUAUAUAUAUAUUUUUUUUUUUACUAAACUGUGGCUUGUAUUAGUCCACAAUCAAGUUCAAAUUUAUUCCUAAUACCUGCUAAAAUAAUGACAUUAAUGACAGCCUCAGCUGUAAUUUUUGCUGAAUGCUAAUUAGCAAAUGUUAGCAUGGUAACAUGGGAAAUACAGAUGGCAAACAGCAUGAACAUGAUACCCAUCACACAUAUGUGAACUGUAGCUGUCAUUAUGUUAGUAUACUGACAGAGCAUUUAACACAAAGCAUCGCUGGGCCUAAGUACAGCUUUACAUUUACUUUGGUGAGGCCAUGGUAUAAGCAAAAUACCAGACACAAAUUUGUCACUGUAUGUAUAAUAAUGAACUUGGUAGAGGAAAUUACACAUUUUUGGUCUACACCUUACCUGUUGUCCUUUAUUUUCUUAUACUACGAUACCUGCAUUAUCACCUAGACCUACAUCUUUAACCCCAUG